CCUGAGAGGAGGAAGCAUCACCGAUGACAUUCUCAGGAUCAGAAGCACUUCUCCGAACUUCUGGACGAGUUCUCCCAGAAUGUCCUGGGCCAGCUCCUGAACGACCCCUUCCUCUCGGAGAAGAGCGAGUCCAUGGAGGUGGGGCCGUCCCCGACGUCCCCCGCACCCCUCAUCCAAGCCGAGCACAGCUACUCGCUGAGUGAGGAGCCGGGAGCCCAGUCACCCUUCAGCCACACAGCCCCCGGGGAGAGCUUCCACGAUGAUGACGUGGACAGCGAGAAGUGGUUCCUGUCCACGGACUUCUCCCCGGCCACCAUCAAGACGGAGCCCAUGACGGACGAGCCACCCCCGGGGCUGGUCCCCUCGGUCACGCUGACCAUCACUGCCAUCGCGGCGCCCCUGGAGAAGGAGGAGCCGGCUCUGGAGCUGAACCCCGCGGUGGACUCCUCCUGCCAGACAGUCAUUCCCAAGAUCAAACUGGAGCCUCACGAAGUGGACCAGUUCCUCAACUUCUCUCCCAAAGAAGCCUCCGUGGACCACCUGCACCUACCACCAACCCCACCCAGCAGCCACAGCAGCGACUCAGAGGGCAGCCUGAGCCCCAACCCGUGCCUGCACCCUUUCAGCCUGCCACAGACUGCCAGCUCCGUCCGGGCUGGGCCUCGGGCCCCCUCCUCACUCUCCAGCUCACCCCUCCUCACCGCCCCCCAUAAGCUGCAGGGUUCCGGCCCACUGGUCCUGACGGAGGAGGAGAGGCGGACCCUGGUGGCUGAGGGCUACCCUGUCCCCACCAAGCUGCCGCUCACCAAGUCUGAGGAGAAGGCCCUGAAGAAAAUCCGCAGGAAAAUCAAGAAUAAGAUCUCUGCCCAGGAGAGCAGGAGGAAGAAGAAGGAAUACAUGGACAGCCUGGAGAAGAAAGUGGAGUCUUGUUCAACUGAGAACCUGGAGCUGCGGAAGAAGGUGGAGGUGCUAGAGAACACCAACAGGACCCUCCUUCAGCAGCUGCAGAAGCUCCAAACCUUGGUCAUGGGCAAGGUCUCCCGGACCUGUAAGCUCGCAGGCACACAGACGGGCACCUGCCUCAUGGUGGUCGCGCUCUGCUUUGCGGUGGCCUUUGGAAGCAUCAUCCAGGGCUCAGGGCCCUAUCCCUCAGCCACGAAGAUGGCACUGCCCAGCCAACAGUCGGCACCAGAGCCCUACACUGCCUCCGUGGUGCGGUCCAGGAACUUGCUGAUCUACGAGGAGCCCUCCCCACUGGAGGAGCCGUCUGGUGGGGCCUCGCCGGGGGAGCUGGGCAGCUGGGACAGGGGCUCCUCCCUGCUCCGGCCGGCGGGGUUGGAGUCCAGGCCCGAUGUGGACCUGUCCCCGUUUUUCCGGUCGAAGGAGAUGAGCCUGGAGAAGGCCGUGUUCCUGCAGCUCCAGCAGCACCUACUCAGCUCCAAGCUGGAGGGGAACGAAACGCUGAAAAUCGUCCAGCUCGACAGAAGGGUGAACGCCACCAUUUAAGAGGCGGCCCCCACCCCCACCCCCCAAUAGCUACAUGUCCAACCCCAUCCGUGGACAUCUGCUUCUUCCCUCUUGCUGCCUCGUCUGAAUGGGGGUAACCAUCCAGGGGCUGUGGACAGGGAGACCCCGUCGACAGUGAGCAAAUUCGGCCCCAGCUCCAUGUUCAUCCCCUCCCCCCCAGCCAUCUCUUACAGCCAUAGGAAAUGACAGUGUCACUGGACAGGGGGCAGGAGGGCUGCUUCAGCGAAGGUGCCAAAGAGCAGCCUGCCCCCCCGAAGGACGCCCCCUGACCUCACUUCAUAGAGAAGGACAUCUGACUGACCCUCACCUCCUCGAGAAGGACACCACCCUCUGACCCUCACCUCCUGGACAAGGUUGCCACCCCUGACCUUUACCUCCUGGAGAAGGAUACCUCUCACUCACUUGGGACCCCAAACUCCAGCCACAAACACAUCAGGUGGUCCAACACCCUCCCACCCCGCCACUGCCGCCCCCUGCCCUCGCUGACUGGCGGGGUGGCCUCAGGCCGCACGUGCAAUGCUUGUGGGAGCCAGGCUUUCCCUCCCUCUAGCAAGAUGUCCCCACCCUGAAGUGGUUCCCCCAAUGCCCCCUCCCUGACCUCCCAGCUCCCUUCCCCUCCCUGCUUGUAAAUAGUAUUUAUUAGCUCCCUGAGGUGGCCACCAGCCCCACACAGUGGGCCCCUGCCUCCCUCCAGGGAGUCAGCCCAGGGCCCCAUCUGCUGGCCCUGCCUGGUCCUUUUCUCCUGAUAAGAGGUCUGUGAAAUCAUGCCUGGCGCCCCUCACAGGGGUCCCCACAGGAGGGGUUGGGGUGGCGUGGCCCGUGUGCGCUCUGCACCCCAGGGGCUGCUCCUGCCCGGCUCUCCUGGUGCAGGAGGGUGGGGGUGGGCAGCAGGGACCGUGGAGGGCUGUUGCUGGCCUCCAUGCCCCCCAAUGUGGCCUUCUUCCUCACCUGCCUUACCCCAGGGUCAGGGCUGAGACCCCUCCUGGGCUGGCGAAGGUCUCACCAUUAGAAUCAGGUCUGCCACUUUGCAGCUCACCCAAAGAGACCCCACUCCACCUCCCUGCUUCUAUCUCCUUUCUAAUGAUUGGGAAGUCACUUUUGUAGUAAACAACCACAACUUUCCUCUUUGAUACAAA